GAACUAAACAUACAAAAUAUCAUCAUUUUUGUAUAAUUAUUGUCCUGAGGUACAGCUACUUCAUACAGUCCAAAUGUGUGGUUUGAAGUGGCAUAUUCUGCCCUCCUAACUGAGAGUGCAGUAACUAAGUCAAACCUGUUUGAGAAAAACGUGGUUAAAGAAAAUAAUUUAAAUUUUAUUCUAGCUUCAAAACUACGUAAGUUACAGUGGCAUGGCAUAUAUCAUCAAUAGAAGGUAAAAGAAUGAAGAAUUGUAAGAUACUGUUCAAGUUUACGCAGCAUAGUGAGCAGAUGCCAGUCAGCAUGACACUCCAGAAGCUACCAAAGAAAGAGAAACAGAUAAAGGCAAUGCUCAGUAAAGAGUUCAACUUUCUGAAAAAUGUUUUUUCAGUUAUGUCUUUACCAAAACAGAUGAGAGAUGAUUAUGAAGAGAAUGCAGAUUUUGAAAUUAUAAAUGACCCAACCAGUGAAGAGAAGGAGGUGCCAAAGAGGGCCCGCAGUAUAGCAGAACUGGAGGAAAAGCUAGAAAAAAUAAAAUCUCAAAAAAACUUCAACUUGAAGAACAAACUUGCUAAAAAGAGUUUGAACAGCAAGCUGAAUAAGAAACUUAAAAAGAAUGAAAGGCAAAAGAAAAGUAAAGUGAAGCCUACACAGUAUAAUUCAACAGAAAGUGUAAAAGAAGUUAAGAUAAAAUCACAAGCUAAUGUGAAACCAGUCUUUAACACUGAAGGCAAAUUAGUUUUUUCUAAAUUUGACUUUUCAAAUAUUGGACAUAAAGAAAAGAUGCACCAAAAAGCUGAAAAGGAUCCUAAGAAAAUUCUAGAAAACCUUAAACAACAAGAACAGAAGUUUAAGGAACUGGAAGAGACACAAUAUGACAAAGUGAAGGAAAUGAAGGAGAAGAUAGCUUGGAAGAAUGUUCUGCUGAAGGCUGAGGGAGAGAAAAUCAAGGAUGAUCCUAUUUUAUUGAAAAAAUCUAUAAAGAAAUUGGAACAAAAGAAGAAAGACAGUAAAAAGCAAUGGGACAAUAGAAUUAAAAAUGUAGAAGAAAAGAAAGAUGCCAGGCAGAAGAAGAGGAAAGAAAACAUUGCUAAGAAAAAAAAAGAGAAAAAGUCAAAAGUUGUCAAGGCUGCUGUUAAAAGAGGAAGAAUUAUUAUCUAAAUUGAUAGGCCAUUGACACUUUAAAAAAAUAUAAGGAUGAAUUUUUAUUUAGACUUAAUUAAUAUUUCGCACUUCACUUCAGUGAAACAGUGACUUUACAUUUUGUCGGGGAUAGUAUAAUUAUGCGUAACUAGCAUUGGAUAAUUGCGCGUAUCUGACAAAUGUAGCCAAUUUGAGCUUUGCACGGCAGUCCACGUAGUUAUAUGAUUGGGGCUAGUGACGAAGAGACUCAGUCUUGUAAGGCCUUUUAUAACGACUCGACUCCGUUUUACAGGACUCGACUCUAAAAUGAAGACUGGGGUUUCGAGUUUUCAUUAAUAAGACUCAGUCGUUAUACUAAAAGACUUAAACGACUUGAAAGACCUGUUGUUUGCAAAGGACUUACACCGAUUUUAUGUCUUAUUAAACCC